AUGGUCAUUUUAGAUUAUGAAUUGGCUAAUGAACGUCAGUUUCUAUGGUCACAUCGUCAUUUUCUUAUUCAUAAACCAUAUGCAUUACCAAAAUUACUUAAAUCUCGUUCAGUUUGGGAUUAUCCAAGUUUAAUUGAUAUUUAUAGUCUUGUUAAUGAAAUAACUAAUCAUCGUAAAAUAGAUGAAAUUGAAUCAUUUGAACUUCUUUUACCUGCUUUUCCUGAUAUGUAUGUACGUUCAUGUGCUUAUCGAUCAUUAAUAUCACAUAUAACAUCUCAUGAACUUAUUAUUUAUUUACCACAAAUUCUACAAAUAAUUAAAUUUGAUUAUUAUUAUUUAUCACCAAUAAUAGAAUAUUUACUUAAACAAUGUAUAAAUGAUUAUCAUUUAGUACAUAAAUUGUAUUGGUGUUUAAGACAAUUACUUUUAACAGAAAAUGUUCAUGUUAUACGUUAUUAUUAUAUAUUUAUGUCAUUACUUUAUAUUAUUGAAGAAUAUUUUUAUAUUGAAUUAGAAAAUGAAUAUGAUUUAUGUAUAAAUUUAUACAAUAUUGGUUCAGAAUUAAAAAAUAAUAAAUUAAAUAAAGGAUAUUUUUUAAUUGAAGAAUUAAAAAAAUUAAAUAAUGAAUUUUUUCAAUCAGGUCAACGUUCAUGUCGUUUACCAUGUCAAUUUAGUUUUGUAACAAAUCGAAUUGAUUUUAAUUCUUGUUCUACAUUUCAUUCAUUAACAUGUCCAACUAAACUUGUUUUUAAUUCAAUUGAUUUAUCCAGUGAAAAAUAUUAUUCAAUUUACAAAAUUGGAGACGAUUUACGUAAAGAUCAAAUCGUUUUACAAUCAUUAACUUGUAUGGAUAAAAUAUGGAAAUUGAAUGAUAUCGAUUUUCGUUUAAGUCUAUUCAAUGUUGUACAAACACAAGAAUGUUGUGGUUUUAUUGAAAUGAUUACAGAAAGUGAAACGUUACUUCAAAUAGAAAAACCUUUAGGAACAAUCAAAGGUUCGUUUAGUGAAUCAGCUUUAUACAAUUGGUUAAGUUCACAUAAUACAAAUGAAAGAGAUUUUCGCACAGCUUUAGAUAAUUUAACAUAUUCAUGUGCUGGUUAUUGUGUAGCAACAUAUGUAUUAGGUAUUGGUGAUCGACAUAAUGAAAAUAUUAUGGUGAAAAAAUCCGGACAUUUAUUUCACAUUGAUUUUGGAAAAUAUCUAGGUGAUACACAAAAAUUUGGUCGGUUUAAUCGUAAUGACAUCAAAACUAAACUAUUCAUUUCUAGUGAUCGUGCUCCAUUUGUAUUUACAAAACAAAUGUUAUAUGCAAUGUCUGAUGGUGGUACAUCUAAUGAUGCAAUGCAUCGUUUUGUUGAUUUAUGUUGUAAUGCAUUUUGUAUAUUACGUCAAAAUUCUUCUCUACUUCUUAUUCUUCUUUCACAUUUAUGUUCAUCAAAUGUACCUAAUCUUAACUAUGAUACUAUUCGAUUUGUUUAUGAUCGUUUAGCACCAUCAUUAAAUUAUGCUGAAAGUAUAACACAUUUUACUGAACUUAUUGUUGAUAGUCUUAAUUCUACAUGGACAACAUUGAAUGGUUUAAUACAUAAAAUUGCACAACCAACAAAUUCAAAUAAUUCAUCAAGUCUAAUAUCUAAUGAUACAACAUUUUCAUUUAUACCAAAGACAUAUACAAUAACUACAGAUGGAAAAAUUAUAUCAGCACAAGUUGUUGAUUAUGAAAAACGAACAAAACAAUCAAAAUAUUAUUUAUAUAAAUUAAAAGUUGUACGUUUAUAUAUAACUUAUAAUUAUCGUACAUAUAAUGAAUUUUAUGAACUUUAUGAACGUUUAAAUAAACAAUUUCCUUUAAUUGGUUUCAAUUUAAAAUUUUCUGGACAAAUAGAAGAUAAUCUUAUUGCUCAAAGACGUGUUAGAGAUAUUAAUGAUUUUCUUGAAAAUUUAUUUCGUUUAACAAGUGAUAUUACUGAGUCUGAUCUUGUUUAUACAUUUUUUCAUACAAUUCAACGAGAUCAACAAAUGAAUGAUGCGAAAGAAAAAUCUAAUGAAGAACUUUCUCCUCGUUCUUCACAAAUUUCAUCAACAAAUAAUCAAUCAAAAAUUCGUAUACAAUUAAAAUAUGAUAAUGGAAAACUUUUCGUGAUGGCCCGUCAUGCUAAUAAUUUACCACUAAAAAAUGGUAAUGAACCAAAACCAUAUUGUAAAUGUUAUUUAUUUCCUGAUGAAUCUAAAUCAACAAAACAAAAAGGAAAAAUUGCUAAUUCACGCAAUCCAAUAUUUAAUGAUACAUUCACAUACGAAAUGGAUUUAGCUGAAAUUCGAAAACGAGUUCUACAUGUAGGCGUUUGGAAUCAUGUUUUAAAUGUCGGUAAUCAUGUUUUAGGUACCGUUGAUAUUCAAUUAUCUGACAUAGAUUGGUCAAAAGAAAAUGCACGUGAUUACACAUUUACAUCACUUGAUGCAUGA